AUGGAAUUUUGGCUGUUUUUCUGCACAUUUAUGUGCGCACAUCUUAAUCUAGUCUCCAGUACGGUUGCAGCCACAUCAACUCCACCACCAACAGUCUCCAGUACAGUUACAUCUAAUGCAGCCACAACAACACCAUCACCAACAGUCUCCAGUACGGUUACAACUAAUGCAGCCACGACAACACCAUCACCAACAGUCUCCAGUAUGGUUACAACUAAUGCAGCCACAUCAACACCAUCACUAACAGUUUGCAAUACGAUUACAACUAUUGCAGCCACAACUCCAUCACCAACAGUCUCCAGUACGGUUACAACUAUUGCAGCCACAUCAACACUAUCACCAACAGUCUCAAGUACGCUUACAGCUACUGCAGCCACAACAACACCACCACUGACAGUCUCCUGUACGGUUACAGCUAUUGCAGCCACAACACCACCAAUGUCAGCAGUCUCCAGUACGCAUACAACUAUUGCAGCCACAUCAACACCAUCAACACAGUCAGUGACAGUCUGUAGUACGAUUACAACUAUUGCAGACACUACAGCACCGCCUGUAUUAACAGACAGCAAAACGGAGUCGAACGACAUCAAACAAUUACAAGACACUGAAAAAUUAUCCGAGGGAUUAUCUGAUGCUGCUAUCGCCGGCAUUAGUUUUGCUGCAGUAUUUCUUUGCGGUUGCGGGGGUUGCGGGAUUGUGAUUGGUGUACUUUGUUAUAAA